UUCGCCUCGUAAAAGCCUCAUUUCCUCUUCCAGGAAGCCCUAAUUUUAUCGAAAUUUCAGACAAUUCGACCUCAAAAUCACCCUUUACUGGCCAAUGAAACGUUCAGAUAGUAUUACGGCACUGAUUUAGACCAUUUUAAAAAAAUCUUAUUGGGCGUGGAAUCCGUUUUUGCUGUAAGAAGCUCUUUUAUUUUUUUUGGAGAGGGGGGGAAGACCGUUGUUUUACCGAUGGACGCGAAGGAUAUAUUAGGAUUGCCGAAGAAUACAUUGUCUAUGCAGGAGAAGAAGUCGAAGCCUCCUAAAGAAUCUCAGAGGAAACCGGAUGGCAUUUCGCGCGAGGUUUACGCUCUGACAGGGGGGUUGGCACCUCUGAUGCCCGCCAUUGAUGCUAAUCACUUGAGGCGAAAAGUGCAGACCGAAAAUGAGAAGAUUACUUGGCAGUGGCUCCCAUUUUCAAAUUCUGCUCGGAAAGAUAAUCUGCAGCUUUACCAUUGGGUUCGAGUGGUAAAUAAUGUUCCGCCAACCGGUGAUUAUUCAUUUGCCAAAUAUAACAAAUCUGUUGAUGUGAUCAAGUACACUGACGAAGAGUAUGAGAAACAUUUGACUGAUAAUACAUGGACAAAGGAAGAGACAGAUCAACUGUUUGACCUAUGUGAGCGGUUUGAUCUCCGCUUCGUCGUGAUAGCAGAUAGGUUCCCAUCCUCAAAAACUGUGGAGGAACUUAAAGAUCGUUAUUAUAGUGUAUCUCGUGCAAUCUUGACUGCUAGAGCCUCAUCUCCUGGUGAAGUCUCUGGACAUCCCCUUCUUAAGGAACCUUACAAUGUUUCUCAAGAUACUGAGCGCAAGCGUGCAUUGAGUUUACUGCUAUCUCAUACAAAGCAGCAAGAGCGAAAGGAUGUUGAGGUUAUUGCUCAUGCCAAAAGAAUAACUGAGGCUCGGAAAGCUAUAAAGGCUUCUCAGGAGCCACCGGUGCCUGCCUUGUCAGAGAGUGGACCAGUUAAUGCUGACAAAGAUGACAUGACUGCUGAUACCACAGCUCCUUGCACAAACCCUCAGUUUCUGUCAGCAAAUCCAGUGUCAGAAACUGCUACAGCUGUGGCUUCUCUCCGCAUGCUACGUGUAUAUUUGCGGACAUAUGCACUUGAUCAAAUGGUGCAAGCUGUAAGUUCGUCAGCAGGACUCCGGACCAUCAAGAGGGUAGAGCAGACCUUACAAGAUCUUGGGGUGAACUUGAAACCAAAAGUCCCCACGAAGGCUGUGUGUGCUGAGCAUCUUGAACUAAGAAAGGAGAUAUUGACUCUAUUGAAUCUUCAGAAACAGCUGCAAUACAAGGAAGCUGAAGGUUCAUCAUUUCGUGACAGUUCAUAUACUGAAACUCCUGGUACACCUCCAAAGCAAUCACAGCGAGCUGCAGAUCUUGAUCGAACAUUCACACCUGAAUCAUUGCAGAUUGGUGGGGAAAGAUUCGUUAAAAGGGAGCAGAAGCGCAAGGGUCCGGGACGAUCAUCGGAUGCUCCAUCUUCCCCAGCCCAGUCCAAAAGACCACGAAAGUAUAAUGCUUCCGAUUUAUAAAUAUAUACAUGUGAAUGUAUAUAUAUAGUCCCUGAAGCACUUUCCAUUAAUGGCUUAUUUGCAGACAACACCAGUAGACUUCCUCUGAGGAGAUAUAUGUAUGAGCUUCUGAUAGGUUGUAAUUUGACAUUCUACCCUGACUCCCCCAGAGUGAGAAGAUGUGAGAAUUCUUGAACCAAGAAGCCAAAGCUCUGAGCCAGUAUUACCUUACCGCGUAGACGGAGGCGAGAUGAGGUGAUCUUUGGUUAGAAAAUGUUACUUCAAUGAUUGUGGUGAUCUUCGCCAGUAUUUGACCAAGUUUAUAGUAACAAUGUAAAUAGUACUCAUCCGUUAUACACCCAUUUCCCGAAUGAUAAAUUGGUAUUGAUAAGACUUGGGUUGUUUUUGCUA